CACAGCCAGUCCUCAGUCCACACAAGUGCCACCCGGCUCGGUCCCAUCUGUACAUCAGCUAUUAAUAAUAAAGAAGCUAACGGUGGGCAGGAAACCGGCGGCAGGUGAAAAUGGACGAACCUUCGGAGCAAAUGAGGCCCCUUUUGAGGACAGGUCUAGAUGAGGAGGCAAUAGUUGACCAUGGGAAGACCAGUUUCACCACUCACACAAACUAUGAAUCGGAAGAUUUGGAAAGCCACAGAGCAGUGUACGUAGGUGUCCAUGUUCCUCUUGGAAGGGAGAGCAAACGGAGGCAUCGCCACCGAGGACACAAACACCACCGAAAGAAGAAAGAGAGAGACUCUGAGGAGGGGAAGGACGAUGGCAGGGAAUCCCCCACUUAUGACACACCAUCCCAGCGGGUCCAGUUCAUCCUGGGUACAGAGGACGAUGACCUUGAGCACGUCCCCCAUGACCUCUUCACGGAGCUGGACGAGCUCUCCUUCAGAGAUGGCAGUGCCACUGAAUGGAGGGAGACUGCCAGAUGGCUGAAGUUUGAAGAGGAUGUUGAAGACGGUGGGGAGAGGUGGAGUAAGCCCUAUGUGGCAACGUUGUCACUACACAGCUUAUUUGAACUACGUAGCUGCAUACUCAACGGCACAGUCAUGCUGGAUAUGAGGGCCAACAGUAUCGAGGAAAUUGCAGACAUGCUGAUAGACAGCAUGGUGGCAUCAGGCCAGCUGAAGGAGGAUCUGCGCGACAAGGUGCGGGAAGCCAUGCUGAAGAAACACCACCACCAGAACGAGAGAAAGCUCAGCAAUCGCAUUCCUUUGGUGCGCUCCAUUGCUGACAUAGGCAAGAAACACUCUGACCCACUCUUGCUUGAAAGAAACGGAGAGGGCCUGUCCUCUUCACGUCUCUCUCUCCACAAGCCAGGGGCAGCCUCCUCUGUCUCCAACCUCUCCCAGAGACGAGAGUCCAGAGUCUCAGUUCUGCUCAACCAUCUCCUGCCCUCUUCUUCCUCCAACACUGGGCCCGGCCCAGGCACCCCGUUCCUCACCACCCCUCAAAAUACCCCCUCUGCCUUCCGGCGCUCCUCCCAAAGCCCGCCACACACCUAUGGCGCAGGCCCUGGCCCUCAAGGCAUCCCUGAAGUAGUGGUAUCGCCUCCUGAGGAUGACGACCCACCACACUCUGCAGAAGAAGAGGCAGCAUCACCAGUGCUCAGCCGGCGAGCAUCCUCGGCAUCCCAGGGCUUCGAGCUGCUGCCCUUAGAAGGACCACUGGUGUCUCCGCACUCUCUCCCAAACAACCUGGAUGGCAACAAGGCAGCGGAGAGAAGACCAUCCAAAGUAGGGGUCAGUAGAGAAAGCAGCAGUGUCGACUUCAGCAAGGUCGACAUGAAUUUCAUGAAAAAGAUUCCUCCGGGUGCUGAAGCUUCCAAUGUAUUGGUGGGAGAAGUGGACUUCCUGGAGAAGCCCAUAAUAGCCUUUGUACGGCUGUCCCCUGCGGUCCUUAUCACAGGCCUCACAGAGGUGCCUGUGCCCACGAGGUUUCUUUUCCUGCUUCUGGGUCCUCAUGGCAAAGGACCCCAGUACCAUGAGAUUGGCAGAUCCAUGGCCACCCUAAUGACAGAUGAGAUUUUCCAUGAUGUGGCGUACAAAGCCAAAGACCGGACAGAUCUCCUCUCGGGGAUAGAUGAGUUCCUCGAUCAAGUGACUGUCCUGCCUCCUGGAGAAUGGGACCCCACGAUCCGGAUUGAGCCCCCCAAGAAUGUUCCAUCUCAGAUGAAAAGGAAGAGACCGACCCAACCCAAUGGCACUGCAUCUCCAGCUGGAGAGCUGGAAAACGAUGAGGACCAUCAUGCAGGGCCUGAGCUGCAGAGGACUGGGAGGAUAUUCGGAGGUCUGAUCCUGGACCUCAAGCGGAAGUUACCUUUCUACUGGAGCGACAUCAGAGACUCCUUCAGUCUGCAGUGUCUAGCCUCCAUCCUGUUCCUCUACUGCGCCUGCAUGUCCCCUGUCAUCACAUUUGGAGGUCUGCUUGGGGAGGCAACUAAAGGCAACAUAAGUGCCAUUGAGUCUCUGUUUGGGGCAUCGCUGACAGGAGUGGCAUACUCCCUCUUCGCAGGCCAGCCACUAACUAUUCUUGGCAGCACAGGCCCUGUUCUAGUGUUUGAGAAGAUCCUCUUCAAGUUCUGCAAUGACUACGGCCUGUCCUACCUGUCACUGCGGACCACCAUUGGUUUGUGGACGGCCUUCCUGUGUCUGGUUCUGGUGGCCACGGAUGCUAGCUCCCUGGUCUGCUACAUCACCCGAUUCACAGAGGAGGCUUUUGCCGCACUCAUCUGCAUCAUCUUCAUCUACGAGGCUCUAGAGAAGCUCUUUCACUUGGGAGAACACUACCCUGUCAACAUGCACAAUGACUUGGAUGACCUUACCCUGUAUUCGUGUCAGUGCUCUCCACCAGUCAAUGCCUCAGAGAAAGUGAUGCAGGUGUGGAACCGGACAGGAUACAGCCCAGACUCUAUCCCAUGGGAAAGCCUGAAUGUUUCGAUGUGUAAGACACUCCAUGGGUCGUUUGUGGGUCCUGCUUGUGGGCAUCAUGGGCCCUACAUCCCAGAUGUUCUCUUCUGGUCCGUCAUCCUCUUCUUCACCACCUUCUUCCUAUCCGCCUUCCUUAAACAGUUCAAGACAGAGCGAUAUUUUCCCACCAGGGUGCGAUCCACUAUCAGCGACUUUGCUGUGUUUAUAACCAUCAUGAUCAUGGUGUUGGUGGACUAUCUAAUGGGGAUCCCUUCUCCUAAACUUAAGGUCCCUGACCGCUUUGAGCCAACUUCAAAGCACAGAGGCUGGCUGAUGGACCCGGUGGGAGGAAAUCCCUGGUGGACGCUGCUGGUGGCAGCACUUCCUGCCCUGCUCUGCACCAUCCUCAUCUUUAUGGACCAGCAGAUCACUGCAGUCAUCAUUAACCGCAAGGAGCACAAGCUCAAGAAAGGCUGUGGCUAUCACCUGGAUUUGCUGGUAGUGGCAGUUAUGCUGGGCCUGUGCUCCAUUAUGGGCCUGCCGUGGUUCGUAGCUGCAACCGUCCUCUCCAUCUCCCACGUUAACAGCCUGAAGGUGGAGUCUGGCUGCUCCGCUCCGGGAGAGCAGCCCAAGUUUCUGGGCAUCCGGGAGCAGCGCGUCACUGGAUUCAUGAUCUUUGUCCUCAUGGGUUGUUCCGUUUUCAUGACCUCAGUGCUCAAGUUUAUUCCUAUGCCAGUCCUGUAUGGAGUCUUUCUCUACAUGGGUGUCUCUUCCCUCAAAGGCAUUCAAUUCUUUGACAGAAUCAAGCUGUUCGGCAUGCCUGCCAAGCACCAGCCUGAUCUGAUCUAUCUGCGCUACGUGCCGCUGUGGAAGGUCCAUAUCUUCACCAUAGUGCAGCUCACCUGUUUGGUGUUGCUCUGGGUCAUCAAGGCCUCUGCAGCAGCUGUUGUGUUUCCCAUGAUGGUUCUGGCGCUGGUCUUUGUGCGAAAGCUUCUAGACUUGAUCUUCACAAAGAGAGAGCUGAGCUGGCUGGAUGACUUGAUGCCAGAAAGCAAGAAGAAGAAAGAGGACGACAAGAAAAAGAAAGCACAAGAAAAGCUGGAAGAAGAGUCCAGACUGCAGGAGGAAGAGGAGAGGGGACUGAAGGUCAGCUAUGAAUCCUCGAACCGGCUCAACAUCCCAGUGAAAACACUCUCAGGGAGUUCUCAUUCUGACCCCUUGGUUGUAAAUAUCUCUGAUGAAAUGGCCAAAACCGCAGCGUGGAAAGCAGUGAACUCGAGUGCAGAGUCUUGUGUCCAACCUGUGAAGCGUAGUGGAAGCCAGGAAAAGGUGGCCUGCGUUAGAGUCGACGUCAGCCCAGAUUCACCAGGAGGGGGUUCUACUACCGAGACCUUCCUGUGAUAAAUGGAGGCCCUCCUUCCCUCUCGAUACCUUCUCCCACACAACACUUUACCCCGCUGACGAGCACCAUCUUAGUGGCAAAGGGGGCGUAGAACUGGAGCAGGACAACCUGCCUGCGGGGUUCCUUUUGUCGGGGCAGCAGGCAAGCUCCCCCGGGGCUGUGAGUCCUACUCCACUCAAGUCUUGAAGUGUGCAGCACAUGCACAGGUGGCUGCCAUGACGCAGUGCAGAGCGCACAUCUCCAAGCAACGAAGGCUGUUACUGCCCACCGACGCUCACUGUUUUGGAACUUUCUCAACCUUGCAAUUUGUCACACAUCAGAACCACAGAUGCCAAAGGAAGGGGCCUCACUGGUGAGGAUCUUGGACUGUGUGAAUUAAAAUUUACUUUUAGCCCACUGAACAUUUUAAUUUCAAUUUUAUUGUUAAUGUUUAAGCUGGUCACAGUACUGUACAUUUUCUUAGUAGCUCAUACACCAUGAGUUGCGCUGCACUGUUUUUUCACAUGUAUUUAAAGUCAUAUUAAGACUCUUCACCUAACUACACCAGCUUCAAACUCAUUUGAUUAAAGCCAUUCAGGUACUGUCAGCGCCAGCCGAUUAUAUUUCAUAAUUAGCCUGGCACAGCAAAUGACACAAACCAAAACAGAGGUACAUUCAGAUCAAAACUACGACAUCACACUACUAUUAUACUACAUACAUCUGUGUAGAAUUUGAUCAUGGUUCAUCUCUCCUGUCUGCAGGGGAACACUCAGUAUUGAUAUUGCUGCUCAUAAGUUGGUCAGUUUUCACUGUAAACCUCACUGUUCAUAUUGUAUGUGUUCUUAUAGAAACAUUGUUAAUGUAUGUAUGUAUGUAUACUGUGUUCUUCUCAUUUGUAACAUUACCUACUUCAGAGGCCAUAUGAAGUCUGUACUGUACAGUAAGCACUUUGCCAGUAUAGUUUCUUACCUAAAAUGGAUUUUAGUGUGUUCAUAAAAAGGUUACUCCUCCUCCCACCAUAUCUAUAGAGCUUAGAGUUGGGUCAGUGUCUGGUUUUGUCGGUCUGGUCUGGUGUACAAGCUUAAACCAGUUUGAUUUUAUGCAAACCGGCUGAAUUGGCAUUUUCAGUAUGACACGUUCUGGUAAAUUAAAAGUAGCAUGCAUCGGCAGUCCGUGCUGAUAGCGUCAGGGCGCUAAACACAACUUGUAUUGCAUUAGUAAUAAGCAAUAUGACAGCGUGAUUAAUAUAAUAUUUUGUUAAUAAACAGACCAACGGAGCCACUGGUGUCUGACAGUGCUGUGAACAGUUUACUGGAGGGGCGGGAGAGGGAAAGAGUUGCGCACAUUGUGUUUGUUUGCUAGAAAGUUUGUGUGUUUUUUAGGGUGACAAGAGGAGACAUAGUCGAGCGACACGAUGCACUGUUCAGAGCUGAACUGUUCUUAAAAGCCCUGUUGCUAUUUAUUCUUGUGGCUUGCUUUGAAAGCGCAGCAGCGGACAAGCAACAGCUGAUUCGUGAAGUUGAAAUAAGGACUUACCGAGAUGACACCUUCUUAUUUCACUACAACAACAAAAUAAGGUAGCAUCUAGCUGGAGGGAGAUUGGCAGGGAGCUGGAUGUUUCUGGUGAAUGACCAUUGCUAUUGUAUGUAAUUUUCAGUAAAUAUAACAAUAUAAAACAUGUUUUCUGAUUAAAAGGCACAAAUGCAGGAUGUUUUAAGAGGUUUGGUCCAGUCCGAUCUGGAGCAAACAGCUGAUAUGGACGUGGUUUGUUUACAUGAUGUGACAGAAAUGCAUAUUUAAUGGAUUCAAUGCAUAAUGCUCUGUCAAGUGCGACACCUUGUAAAAUUCAUUACACCAGUCCAGACUGGUGUUCAGCUUAAUAACAAACUAGUUUGAAAUCUUUACACCGACCCAACUCUAAUAGAGCUGUUGUUCAAAUGUCAGUUAAACAACUCAGGAAUCUUUAAUGAUUUCUGACUUGGUCACUUGAUUUUUUUUUUAUUUUUUUUUGUCAAAACGCAGUGAUAAUUAGUUGACUGUAUUUACUAUCAUCGCUGAUAUCACAACUAUUUUAAUAAAUGCUGUAAAUCAUAAAAUAUAGUAAGGUGCAAAAUAAAAGAAAGAAUAUUCCUGACCCCAGUUAGAUGCACCGGUUUUUAUACUGUCUGUAUUAUUGAUGGUAAGUGUGUGUGUGUGUGUGUGUGUGUGUGUGUGUGUGUGUGUGUGUGUGUGUGUGUGUGUGUGUGUGUGUGUGUGCGUGCGUGCGUGCGUGCGNGUGCGUGCGUGCGUGCGUGCGUGCGUGCGUGCGUGCGUGCGUGCGUGCGUGUGGUGUAAAGAUAAUUUGGUAUGUUUAGCGUUGAAAAUCAUUUUAUGCAAAAUAUUUCUACAGUAAAUGUAAAAACUAUAAUAUUCUAUGAAGUUGUUCUUAUUUUGCUAAGUGCGGUCCUGUUUUAGCAAUAAGUAUCCCAUACUGUGCAACGUAUGGACUCAUGAACCUGACUCAUAUUCAGGCAAAGAAUAAUUUGUGAAAUGAUUUUUGUGUCUAUUUCAUUGGCUCUGUCUGUGUGUAGCUACAGUGACUCUACGGACAAUAGCUUACGUGCCUUGUCGAAGCUCUUUAUGUGCAAGUCUUGUACUGAUAAUUUUAAGUGUUCAGAACAGAUGUACAGGUACACAUAUAAUGGCACACAUGCCAAAGACAGACCUUCAUCACUUUACAAGAGUGAACCAGUACACGGCUCAUCACAGAGGCUAAUGUGUGUUGUAGUGUUAUUCCACGUCUGUGUGAAAGUCGUAGCGUGAGCUACCAACUCAAACGAUGUAAUUUUAGCCUCCAUUUACAAAUGUUACUCUUAAAACUGUUUGUGUGUGUACUGUUGUCACAACUCUAGUAUUUGCUCACAUUUAAAAGUUGUUGAUAUUGAGGUACUAUUUUUUGUUUUUUAAAUGAUCAGUGAAUGUCAAUUUAUUGUACCGUCAACAUCAAAACUGAAGUUGAUGACAUAUUUUUUCUAAAAACCUUAAAUUUGAAUUCAGUCACACGUACUUCACGAUGACUUCCAUACACAUAUGGACCAUUUGAUAUAAAAAGUAAAAUGUGAGCUUGGUUAUUUUGAUGAAAAAAUAGACUACUGUCACAUGACAUCAGUUUCAACAUACAUAUGUCAGCUUCAAGAGGUGGAUCAACUAUGUCAACAACAAAAAGGUGGAGAUUUUACACUCUGUCGUCACUUAGUAAAAUGUAUUUGUUCUGAUGUACAGACACAUGACAUCAGCGAAGCACAUAGCGACCUGUUGUUAGCCGGAAUGAUGACUUUCCUGUCAUGAGUGAUCGGUGCAAAGCAAUAAAAGUGAAUACAUGGU